CUCCGCAGCCGACUCCCACACGCCUCACCUUGGCUGCCCAUGUCGCGCUCGCCAGCCCCGCUGUAUAAUGCUGUCUGCGGGCUGUCAUUGACGCACAUGGCCUCCAGCCUGGCCACCAUCCUUGUCUACGACAUCGAAGAUGCCCGAGACUCGCAAGUCAUCGCAAUUAUGUACUCCAUGGUGACCUUCUACAUGGUAUACACCUUAAUCCCGCAGACGACAAGCAAGGACAAUGAUCCCGUUUCGCGACUCAACAAGCAGUUCGUCAUCGCCAACUUCCUCCUGCUCUGUUGGCUGCUGUGCGUCGGGCUUGUCCCUCUCACCGUAGGCCCAGGAAUUGCUCCCCUCAUAUCCUCCUGUGCCGUCCGAAUGUUUUUCUCUCCCGCCUGCAUCACUUUGGGACUGGACAUGGUCAUCCCUUUUGCGUUGAUUGCCACCUUCUCCUGCCUCUCCUGGCGUUUCUACCACAAUGCCGACCAUAUUCAAUCCCUCCCUCCUCUUGCCCCCCCACCAGCACCAUCUUCGCCAGCCCCCCCUGCUCCAUACACCGAUGCGCCCCCUUCCCUGCUGGCAUUAGAGCCACAACCUCGACACUCACAUCGUGGUAUUAGACCACUAAUUUCGUUCACGGACGUUUGA